AUGUCUUCCUUGGGUAUUUACGUUGCAAUUUUCAACGAAGGCGUGAACCAAGGUAUCUACAAACAUUGGGCGGUUUUCAUUGAUGGGCCAAACAAAACCACCCUUAACGCUUUGGGCUCGUCGACGAGAUACUAUUUUGAUAUGAGUACCUCGGACCCACGGGAAUCUGAAGACCUCAUCGACCUCAUACAUAUGUGGAAUGCGCCUGUUUCGAAAAUGACGUCCAUCGUGAUGGCUGCCGAGAAAGCGCCAAUUCACAAUGAGUACCCGGGAUACAACUGUCAAGACUAUGUGCUCGAGCUUUUGAGCGAUCUCGAGGCGAAAGGAAUCAUUGAUUGCAAAGACGCUGGAUACAAAAAGAAGAAGGCGGAAUUGAGCAAACGACAAGAGGGGCUCGACUAG